AUGUCUAACCAAUGGACAGUUGACCCAGACAUGCGCAGAAAGCUCAUGACUCUACAGAAGCAGCCAUGCAACAAGAAGUGUUUUGAUUGUAAAGCACCAAAUCCACAAUGGGCGUCACCCAAAUUUGGUAUAUUUAUCUGUCUCGAAUGUGCAGGCAUUCACCGUGGGCUCGGUGUCCAUAUCUCCUUUGUCAGGUCCAUCACCAUGGAUCAAUUCAAGCCAGACGAGUUGCUGAGAAUGGAGAUGGGGGGAAAUGAAAAGUGUGGUGAGUACUUUACCAGCCACGGGGUUGAUUUAACACUUCCUGCACAUGAGAAGUACGACAACUACGUUGCUCAAGACUACAAGUCCAAGUUAACUGCGGUGAUCAACAACGAGGAAUGGACAGAACCUGACCAUACGGGGGAAGAGUUGUUCCCAAAGAAAUCACAAGCUGGGACUUCUAUCCAGACGACUUCCAAAUCUGCCUCUCCAGCCGCCAAUGGCAUGUCCUCACUUUCAAGAGGAAACCAGUCCAACGACUCGUUUGCCAAUAGACCUACAAAGGAACAAAACGAACAGUAUUUUGCCAAGCUGGGAAGUAAAAAUGAGUCAAGACCAGCAGAUCUCCCCCCUUCUCAGGGAGGUAAGUAUCAAGGGUUUGGCAGCACCCCACUACCGAAAUCUGCCAAUAACGCUGGCGGAUCCUUAGCUGGUUUCACGUUGGAUGCAUUCCAGUCCGAUCCUCUUGGUACAUUCACCAAGGGGUGGGGGUUGUUUUCAUCGACGGUUGCGAAAUCUGUCAAGGAAGUCAAUGAGACUGUUAUCCAACCUGGUGUGAAACAGUUGAGUGAACAAGAGUACACAAUCCAGGCAAAGAGAGCAGUCGAGCAGUUUGGCCAAAAGGUGAGCGAGACGGGAGCUGCCUUGCAACAACAGUACUAUGAUGCAAAUAAGGAAGGCGCAGACAGCAAGUUUGGAAAGUUGUUCGAUGGCUUGACUUUACAGGAUAACCAAUCACAGGACACAAUUGACCCUGCGUUCGGUCUUCCUAAACCCACCAAAAAGACUGAGUUGCCAGGAAAGGGAUGGGAUGCGGACGACGACAAAUGGGAGUCCUUCUAA